AUGUCUUCUCAUGGAGCUGAACAUCAUCACGAACAUCAUGAAGAAGCCGGUCAUGGUCAUGACAACAAAGAGCAUUGCAAAUCGUCUGAACACUGUGUGAAAGACUGCCAUGACAAAGAGGGUGCUGGUCAUGGAUCUCAUGACAAGCCACAACAUUGUGGAACUGGUUGUCAUAAACCAGGAUCUGGAAAAGAUCACGGUGGUCACUAA